CGCAGAGGGAGAAGGCAGGAGGGAAGAGAGAGGCCGGACAUGUUGGAGUUGUGUCUGUUAGGAACACAUGUGGGAAAGAGAGAGAGCGAGAGAGAGAGCGAGAGAGAGAGGGACUGAAGAAAAGCAGCUGAGGAAAGCUUUCAAUGCAAAGAGGUCUCGAGGAGAAGAGGAUGAAGGGAAGAAAACACGGAGGAAGAGAAUAGAACAGCGAUGUCUGAGGCGAACAGUCACUCUGGAAGUAUAUCUCUGAUCCAGUCCAUGCUGCGCAGACUGAGCACUGCAGAAAACAUGGAUCAACCUCCUAACAUACACCCUAAUACGCACCGUAACACACACCCUAACACACCCCAACACCCCAGAACCUCAGUGGAAACAGACAGGAGAUUCUAUGUGACCCCUCAGGACCACAAUAACGCAGAGCUCAUAUUCAAAGGGAAGCUUGUUUCAGUGAUUGAGGAUGAUGAUGAUGAUAAUGGUGAUCAUGAUGAUAAUGAUCCACAAUUGGAAGUUCUGACUGAGAGGGACAGCGAUCUGGAAUCAUCAGACAGGGAUUCAGAGGAGAGAGAAGAGGGGAACUCUGGCAUUCUAUUUUUGGAUGCAGGAUCAACAAAACUGGUCGACGAGGAGGAAGAGGAAACCAGCAAACCCCCUGCUGUGAUUCCCAGAUGGGAGAGAAGGCAGUUGCUACCCUGUCCCCCUGGCCCGGACACCAGACCCCCGCCUCCCCCCGUUCCCCCCAAGAGGAGGGCUAAACCACCGCUACACCCUACAGGGCCACCGCCGCCGCCCCCUCCACCAGCCCUCGACCCUAGUCAGAGUGCCAAUGUGUGGGGGAGAGUGGUAGGCGAGGGCCCAGGCUGUGAGCUGAGGCCUACAGGGCAUGGGAGAGGGCCUGGAGGCCAGGAGGAGGAUAUGCUGUCAUCCUCAGGGGAUAGGCUGUCUAUGUACUCAGCUGUCAUCCCCAAGUCAGAACGCCGAUUCUCACAGCCCAUUCUGGAUCCUACUCUGGACUCUACAGCACAGAGGGGUGGGGGCGUGCAGCAGUUGGAGACGACUGUGUCCGUGGCAACACAAGACCCUUCCCAGCUGAGGGGGAAAGAUAUAGGGCGCCCCCCUAAAGCCUCUGAGCCGGUGGGGAUAGGGGUAAUGGGGGUACCCAAACCGUUGGAAUCGAUCGCACCCAAGCCGCUUAUACCCAAACCUCCACACAGAAACAGAUCUCUGCCCCAGGGACCUGAGAGGAGAGCCCAGGACAGCCCAGAUGGAAGUGCCUCUUCUGGGUCUGAAACGAGAGACAUCCCCCCUGACCUCCAGUCUAUACCUCCAGAGACAGAGGGAGUCAGAGAACCACCAGAGCCUAGCGAACACAUCCCAGAUGGGAGCGAGAGCUCCAGAACCCCUGCUGAGUUUCGGUGUAACACGGAGCAGGGAGGUUUGUUGGAAGGGGGGAGGAAUUUAGAAGGCACACAUGAAGUUGUGGUUCAGGACGCUGCAACGUGGGGUGGUGGGGGUGUGCUUGGGUCGAAACACCCGAAUAUUAAGACAAUGAAAGGAGGAAAGGUGAAGAAAUUUGCCAAGAAGAUGAUGAGCAGAUGGAAGCAGAGUCGAGAGGAGAAGAGAGGGAAUGGAGAGAUUCAGGAGGACGACGGAGAAAAAGAGGUAGAGAGCGAAAUGCCAUUGGUGAACCUCCGUCAAGAUCGACAUUCAGUCAGGUUGCAUACUAAAAUGUCCGUCAUAGAGGAAGAGGAGGACGAAGAGGAGAAGAGGAGUAGUGAGGCUGCUCCACCAAUGAUGGAGCCGCCCAGCCAAGCUGAGACGGAGAGGAAGCCUGUGGGACAGCGUGCAUGUUUUCAGAGCUCCUUCAGCUCUUUCAAGUUCAACUUCAGUCCCAUCAGCUUGGUGGAUGAGAUUCUAACAGGAGAGGAGUGGUCACCAUUCCUGUCCAUUAAGGACAGUCCCGCCCCCUCGCCGUCCGUUUACCAAUCAGAAGCUGCUAGCCAACACGGUGGUGAUGAAGGCGACCAAUUAAAGACUGAACCAGAGUCGCGCCUCCGCAACGACGUUCAACAUAACCACGAGGACAUAGGCCAUUCUUUAUAUGAGGAUGUUCACUUCAGCCAAACAAGUCCGAAUGAGAUUGUGGACAACCAAUCGGACAACAGACAACAGGAAGUAGACAACAACAAUGACACUGGAAAUGAUGCCAUUGCUGUCAUCAAACCGAAGAUACUAUUGGACAAUGAUGCAGCGGAGGAGAGUGAGUUGGACCACUCCAGACCCAUAUCUAAGGACAUCCAUGACUGUAAAUCCCCCAUAAGGAACCAAUCAAAGGACCAUCUUGACUUCUCCUGUGUUAAGUCACUUGGAGUUCUGGACAGUUCUGCUCAGAAACAUAAAAUUCGUCUGAGCAAAAAGAGAAAGCACAGACUUCCGGGGCUAAAGACGAGAAAGACCUUCAAGAUAAGACGCACUGAAAUCAAAGCCCCUGACAUCAAAUUCCUCAAACCCUCUCCUCCUCCAACCCUCUCUCCCACAUCCCUUCCUUCUUCCUCCUCUUCCUGCUCCUCUCUCUCCUAUGUCUUUCCGUCCUCUGUUUUCUACAACAUCCCUCCGUCCGCUGAAGAACAGGACCCUGUGACAACACCGACACAGGACAACCUCUCUGUUGAGACCACUGAAAGCAGCAGAAAGCCAGAUUCAAGUCCCAAGCUGCCUCUGUCCAAGUUCAUGACAGUCCUGAGAGACAAAACCAAGAGGAAGAUUAAAUAGUGAAGAGAACUAGGUCUUGGUGAUCAAAUAGUAACCCAUAGCUCCUUCUACUAUCCCCUACUUGCUCCCUACCUCUAUAACCCCUACCUGUACCCUACCUCUCGCCCCUACCUGCACCCUACCUUUAUUCCCUACCUGUACCCUACCUCUCCCCCCUACCUCUACCCUACCUCUACCCCCUACAUGUACCCUAACUCUAUCCCCUACCUGUACCCUACCUCUCGCCCCUACCUGCACCCUACCUUUAUUCCCUACCUGUACCCUACCUCUCCCCCCUACCUCUACCCUACCUCUACCCCCUACAUGUACCCUAACUCUAUCCCCUACCUGUACAAUACCUCUCCCCCCUACCUGUACCCUACCUCUAUCCCCUACCUGCACCCUACGUCUAGGCCCUACCUGCACCCUACCUCUAGCCUCUACCUGCACCCUACCUCUAGGUCCUACCCUCACCCUACCUCUAUCUCCUACCUGCACCCUACCUCUAGGUCCUACCUGCACCCUACCCCUCCCCCAUACCUGCACCCUACCUCUAUCCCCUACCUGCACCCUACCUCCUUCCCCUACCUGCACCCUACGUCUAGGCCCUACCUGCACCCUACCUCUAGCCUCUACCUGCACCCUACCUCUAGGUCCUACCUGCACCCUACCUCUAUCUCCUACCUGCACCCUACCUCUAGGUCCUACCUGCACCCUACCUCUCCCCCCUACCUGCACCCUACCUCUAUCCCCUACCUCCACCUUACCUCUAUCCCCUACCUGCUCCCCAACUCUUACCUCUACCUGCACCCUACCUCUACCCCCUACCUGCACCCUACCUCCACCCCCUACCUGUACCCUACCUCUACCCUCUACCUGCACCCUAGCUCUAACCCCUACCUGUACUUUACUUCUAUCCCCUACCUGUACCCUACCUCUAAGUCCUAGCCACUACCUCUUUAGUGUUUAUUGUUUUAGGUGUGUAAGUGAUAACACUGCAGUUGCAGACAGCAAUGAAAUAAGCAGACAUAUCUUUGAUCAAAUGAUUCUCUUGCUAUAUUGAGUGUCUUACCAACACUUUUAAUAACAAAUACAUUAUUUCUCUAACUAUGAAUGAGAUUCUGUAAGAUCUGAAUAAAUUGAUUAAUUUAAGCACAAGUA